UCCCUCUCUCUCUGUUCCUCCCCCGCUUGCACUCUGUCUCUCCCUCUCUCUCAAAAAUAACUAAAGAUUUAAAAAAAAUUUUUUUUAAACUACUGAACUUAAGCAUGGCUAACGAGGCAAUUUUCAUUAUGUAUGUUUUACCACAAUAAAAAGAAAAUUGGGAAACAAAGCGUCACCCGUCAAAUGUGGAAAGUAAUGCAGGUGCUGACUGUCUCAUAGGGUUGGAGAGGGAGUAAAUGAAGCGGUGAAGACGAAAAUCUUAAGGGCAGCUAGGGGCGAGGAGAGGGCUUGACUGUCUUUGGCAAAGGCCUCCUCUCCAGGCUUGGAGCCACAGGCCCGGCUCCCCCAGCCGCUAAAGGAUCUUGGGAAGGGGAUGUGGACUCCGGAAAUUCUCGUGCCAGGACACUCUCUUCUCUAGCUCCGAGGUUUUUGAGAUUCCUGGAUCUGAAACAAACACAGACACAGCCAGCGACCCUGCCCCAGCAAGGCGCAAUCCGUGAAGGGGGCCCAGGCCUCAUUUCCGGGCCCUGCACCUUGGCUCCACCUUUGUAAAGAGGUGGGGAGGGGGCCGUGUCGCCAUGCAGGCCCUGGGGUCCCGCCGGCCUGCCUUUACCCCUCUUGAAGGUGGUGCAGCUUUGGAGAAGCCCUUACCCGGGGAGCCGCAGCUGGGAGGCGAAUGUGGAGACCGAGCCGACUCCAGGCAGAGGCCAUCCUGCCCCACCGCGCCCUACCCGCCCCCGCCCCCAUGAAAUGAGCGACACUCAAGACUUUGCCACUUUCCCCGUGGUUGCCACCCAGGUGAAGCUGGGGGGCUGGAGCCGUCAGGGUGGGGGCAGCGUGUCUCUCCGCCCGCGCCCGCACCAGGAGCUCCAGGCCUUCCUCAGCCUUCUGGAGCACAGUUUCCUGCAGGAAUUCCUUUCCAGAGAUCCCUGUUUCCAGAUUUCAGAUAAGUAUCUCCUGGCCAUGGUGCUGGUCUACUUCCGGCGUGCCAACCUGAAGCUCAGCGAGUACACCCACAGCAACUUGUUCUUGGCGCUGUUUCUGGCAAAUGACAUGGAGGAGGAUCUGGAGGACCCUAAAUGUGUGAUUUUUCUGUGGGCCCUGGGAAAGGAUUGGCGCCGUCAGGUGGCAGACUUCCUGCACCAGAGGGAUAAGCUGUGGGCCCGGAUGGGCUUCCGGGCCUUGGUGAGCCGCCAGUGCUGUGAGGAGGUCAUGGCCAAGGAGCCGUCCCAUUGGGCCUGGACUCGAGAGCGGCGUCCCCACCACGGUGGAGCUCAGAGGGGCUGCCCAAAGGCCCGGGUGCCCCUGCCUGGAGGCCCCGGCCUCUCGCCUCCUCACUGUUCCCUCUGUGGCUUGCUCCCUGCCCACGGCCUCUGCAGCCACCAGCCCCGCCCCUUGCCUGUCUUAUCCAAGUGCCCUUCCCCAGACCCUGAGUGCCAUUGCCCUCCCUCCCAAGCUUGUCUCUCAGUGGCCGAAGACCCCUUGGUGGGGGGUUUCCUCAUCAUCCUGCCCCCCCAACUGCAGCUGGAGCCGGGCACCUACACUCUCCACACCUCUCCCUGACCUUUCUCCCCAGUCCUCCCGAAGCCUCCACCGUGCCCUAGGCGCUGAUAUUUGCAGGGUGAAGAGCAGCCCGCCUGCUUGUCUGCUGACCCAAGCCCUACCGGCUGUGGGCCCCCCCGCCCCGCCCCGGCCUUCUGUCUUAUUGGCCACAGGCUGGCAGUGCUGCCCAGGCCCCCCAGUCCCCUCCUCCCAACUGUACCCACUCUGACCCUGGCCCCUCUAAUAAACUCGUGUCUACAGGACACCGACUGUGCUUAGGCCCUGGCCUGGCUCCUUGACCCAGGGUAGGGGUAGGGAGGGAAUUGGAGGGGGGGGGGUCUGCCAGCUUUAGAUAUCAGUGAUUGAGACUCACGAGCAGAGGCUCUGUAAUAGCAGUUUUCCUUUCCAUUGAUGACCGGUCAUCCUGAGCCUCAGUUUCCCCUCUGUAACAUCACCUAUGCGUGAUGAACCGUACACACAGCGUAGCUGGGGUUGAAUGAGAUGAAAAUACACGAAGUCCUUACAAGGCCCUGGAACCUGUAGGACAAAAGAAAGCUUAAAUGGAGAAGUACUCUGUGGUUAGCUCAGACAGGGCUGCAGGGCCUGGUCUGUUUAGGAAUGACACUUGGUGACUGCCCUGGGCUGCAGUCACAUAUAAGGUAAUUCUUAUAAUACAUCUACCCCCCAUCCCUCAAAGUCAACUUGUUAAUGAGGGAGCAGAGAAGGCUUUCCAGAGAAGGUGGCGUUUGAACUGGGCCUUGAACAAUGUCAAGUUUGCCCAUGAAGGGACAGAGAUUGGGAGGUAGGAUAUUCUUGGGUAGUCUAGAGUCGAGACGAGCACUUGGUCUCUGAUGUCAGACAGCUUAAAUCCAAAUCCCAGGUUCCUGUGUGGCCUUGGCAUGUUACUUAAUUUCCAUUGCCUCCUCCGCAAAAUGGGUAUUACUCUAGGAUGGGUGUUGUGUGAGGUUUGAAUUGCAUUAAUCCCAGAAGGUUUCAAGCUGUCUCGGGAACAGAGCUCAGGGGCGCCUGGGUGGCUCAGUCCGUUAAGCGGCCAGACUCCAUCUUGGCUCAGGUCUCGAUCCCAGAGUCUCUCAGGAUUGUGAGUUCAAACCUGAGUUGGGCUUCAUGCUGGGCCGGAAGCCUACUCAAAAAAAAAAAAAAAAAAAAAGGAACAGAGCUCAGAUGGAAGCCCCAGGUGUUACUAGUAGAGGGAAUGCCUAGGGAAAGCCUGGAGGGGAGGGUGUGUUUGGGGAAUGGCUGGAAGUGAAGCUGGAAGAGUCCACAGGGUCAAACAGGGGAGUCUGGGCACCAUUACCUUGCAUGCUCUACGAGUGGCUCCCAAAAAGUGUAGAAGUAAGAAAGCCUGGAGAUUGAGCCCAUUAGAAGCCAAGACGAGGGUACAAAGUAUUUUUAAUUUGUUUUUCAAAUAAGUAAUAUAUUCACCUGUACCUUUUAAAUUCUUAACCAAGAGUCACCUCCUACCCCUGGCUCCUCUCCCUGGAAGCUAUAAAACUUGUCGUUUGUGUCCUUCCACAGAAAGAAUAUAAACGUACAUAACCAAAUGUGGUGUAAUAAAAAUAUGUAUAUAUAUUUGGUCUUA